AAAACCCUAGCCUCCUCCUCCUCUUCCUCCUCUUUCACUCUCUCAAGAACAAAAUUCCCCUCACACCCAAAGAACCCUAGGAGCCUUCUCUUCUUCCUCAACACACGCACACACGAAAAAGAAAAGAAAAAAACAGAGAACGGAAAAGGGAAAAAAGACUGGAAAAACAGAGGGAAGAAGGCAAAGAAACCUUAGAGCUAGAGGUCUUAAAAUUUGCCGGCAGAAGCCCCCAAAAUUCCUUCUUCUUCACCUUAGUUUCAGGUGUUUUAGCACCCACAAACCUUCUCUAAAACACCUGAAACUACUGCAAUACUCAGCUGAAACAAACGCAGCAAAAUAACUUCAUCUCAACCCACAAAACACUAUUGCGAUUUGGAGGUCGCAUUCGAGGUCCCGGAGCCGCUGCGCUUCUGUUAGUCGAAGACCGGUUAGCAUUUUUGGCUCCGGAAUUGUUGCCGGCUUUGGUCGUUGCUAGCUGAAUAGUCAUCGUUUCUGUACCAAACUCUGCUCGGAAGUUUUCUGUUAAGUGAAGUUUAGUUUGAGGCACUUACAAAGGUUGAAAAGUGAAAGUUGGAAUAAAUAGAAAAUGAACAACUCUUCUAUAGGGCCAUCGUCAAAAGCUAGAGUAGGAGCUUCGCAACCAUCAGAAAGUUCAUUAAAAAGAAAACGUGGCAUGUUUCAGAAAGACCUGCAACACAUGAUGUAUGGGUUUGGAGAUGAUAGUAAUCCGCUUCCAGAAACUGUGGCACUUGUGGAGGACAUCGUUGUUGAUUAUGUCACUGAUAUGGUGCACAAAGCUCAAGAUAUUGCAACCAAAAGGGGGAAGCUUUUGAGACUUGCCCAAACUUAACCGGUGUACAGAAUUAUUGUCCAUGAAUGAGGAGCUGAAACAAGCUCGGAAGGCUUUUGAGGUCGACGAAGAGAAAUUAGCUACACUUGAGUGACGGGGAGAAUAUAAAUUUAUGAUCUUACUUCAGAAUGCCAAAUUGAGUGGGGCACCUUAGGGACUAGUAUACAAUCUGCUCCUCAUUUUCCAAACAGAAGUGUAAAUAACUGUUGUCACAGUUUUCUCCAUCCCAAUCAGAUGACAGUGUCACCUUGUAUAUGUGCUUAGAGGCUAGAGCUACCUAGUCUUUGUUCUAGUUACCUAUCUUUGAACAUGUUUUUCCUCUUUGUUCCCAGUUCUCAACAUCCUCCUGUGUUCAGUUUA